AUGAUGAAGGGGGCGGUGGGCAGCCCGGUGGCCGCCGUCAUGCAGGAGAGCUUCGGCUGCGCCGUCGCCAACCGCUUCUACCAGCUGCUGGACGACGAGUCCGACCCCUUCGACAUCCUCCGCGAGGCCGAGCGCCACCAGCAGCAGCGCAAGAAGCGCGAAGAGGCGGCGGCGGCGGCGCGCAGGGCCGCUCCGAGCGGCAGGGCCGGCGUCCCCCGCAGGGAGUCCCAGAAGGAGCGCAAGCUGCCCGAGAGCCCCCCCGCGCCCGCCGCGCCGCCGCAGCCCGGCCAGAGGCGAGCUCCUAAACGGGGAGAACAACAAGGAUGGACUGACAACAGAGGAACAGAAAUAAAGCAAGAUAAAUCUGAAUGGAGACCCUCUUUCAGGGAAUACCGUUCCUAUGAAACUGAAAGACAAGCAGAAUUGGCAGUAGAAAAACCAAGUGAAAGAUUUGACCGUGAAAGGCCAAUAAGAGGACGUGGAGGAGGAAGAGGUGGAAUGCGAGGUAGAGGAAGAGGUGGUGGAAUUAACAGAAGUUUUGAUGGCUUUGAUAACAGAGGAAAACGGGAGUUUGACAGGCAGAGUGGGAGUGAUAAAACAGGAAUUAGAGCAGACGACAAAAAGGGUGGAAGUGGAGCUCGCAACUGGGGAACAGUUAAAGAUGAUAUGAGUGAGAUGGAACAGACUGCUCCAACGGAGGACACUGCAGAAACAGCUGAGCACCCAGGGGCAUCUGAAGGAGAAACUCUGAACAAAGUUGCUGAAGGGGAGCCAAUGGAAGAAGUAGUUCAAGAAAUGACCUUAGAUGAGUGGAAAAAUCUUCAGCAACAGAGCCGACCAAAGCCUGAAUUCAACAUCCGGAAGCCAGAAUCCACUGUUCCUUCCAAAGCAGUGGUGAUUCACAAGUCAAAAUAUAGCGAUGAUCUUCAAAAAGAAGACUUUGAAGAAGAUUCUCACGUCUUUCGAAGACCGGUGAAUGACAUAACAUCUCAGCUGGAUAUUAAUUUUGGGAAUCUCCCUCGCCCUGGCCGUGGAUCAAGGGGAGCAAGAGGUGGUCGUGGUCGUGGCAGGCGAGUUGAGGAGACAGGACCUCGGCCAGAAGUAGUGGUGCAAAUUGUUGCCCCAAAUCCUGAUGACCCUGAGGAUUUUCCUGCUUUAGCUUGAAGGAACUGUUGUGAAUGACGGUAUCGCAAGAUAGCUUUGGUGUAGCUGUGAAGAGACCAAUUUUAUGUUGCUGUGGAAAAAGAGAAAGUCUGAAAGUCUGAGUCUACAUGAAAAACUGAUUUGUUGAGACUUCUUUCUUUCUUUUUUUGUUUUGUUUUGUUUUGUUUUGGAGGGGGGCAGGGGUGAACGCACCACUUUGCUAUUGGAAGGUCUUUCUGGAGGUUGCAAUGGACUUAAAUACUGUCACAGGUUGCUGUAUCUGCCUGUUUUGAAGGAAGCUAUGUGAAGGUAUAUGGUACUUUACUACAAGGCCUGAAGUGAAGCUCAAGUACAGUGUGUGAGGUGAUUAUACCACGAUUCCCAGGAUGGCACAGUGAAGUGUAAGCUGUGCAACACGUAUGGUCUGCAGCUGGUCUCCAGUGUAGUCUUCCCUUUUCUCUGAGUGAGCUGAACCUUUGCAUUUCUUACGCAGUGACACGUCGCCGUCCUUUGGAGGCUGGCAAAUAAAGGAAACUGCUCGUUGGAUUGGGUCGAGGUGUUAUUUUCACAAGUCAAGAGUAGCAGACUGAAAUCUCUGCUGUUUGACUGCAAUCCAAAAUCCAUAAGCAGCAAAUGUUACUCACCCAAAACAGUGAUCAUCUCUCUAGAUAAGAGUGAUCCUAAAAUUAAGGCAGCACAGGUACUUUUAACUGAUAGCUGACUAUAACGAGCCUCGUUUCUGUAAAAAGCUAUAGUUGCAACUAUUUUGAAGAUGAUGGUGAUAUAAAAUAGUAAUUUAGAUAUAAAGACAGAUUAGUUAAGGGAGCUCUAUUUUUAGUAACUACAGGAGCAUCUACAUGCUAAAAUGUCUCUUGCCUUAUGAAGAAGUUUGUGGAAUAUUGAGGAUAAAAUGGGAUGGUCCUUUCCUUGCAGCUUGAAUGUGAUUUCUAACUUGAAUCGGAUACUCUAACCCUUUCCUGUCGAAAGGAGUAUUCGGAGCCGUUCUCAGGGACCUGAGAGAAAAAAAUGGUACCAGAAAUGAUGAGGGAAGGAAAUGAGGGAACUAUGCUGGACAUACUUGAGAUCCAUCAGCCACAAGUUGGUCUUCAGAUUCCUGCUCAACUUAGACUCUGCCAGUUUGCUGGGAAAGCAGGAUCAUAGACUUUUCUGUUUUCCUGUUCUUUGCCUCACUUUAUUUUAUACAAUUUCUGUGCAAUCUCCUUUGAGAACAACUGGCAGGUGACCCUUGAGGUAGGGGGAAGCCUUGUACUUUGCUUUGGAGUAACCUCUAAUAAGAGUAAUAAAUGUGUUUAGAAACUUAAAAUAACACUUAUCUCAGUGGUAAGGCUAUAUACAACUGGGAUAUAAUCCUAGGAAAACCGCUGAUUAUUCCCUUGUUUUUCUUCCUU